CGAGCCGGGUGCAUGUUUCUUGCCAUUAUUUCGUCCGCAGCAGCAUGGCGUGGUUCGCGUCCAAGGUGAACCUCUCGACCAUCGUGUCGCAAGGCCUCGAGCAUGUGCAUAAGCUCAAGGACGACGUCGAGAAGCAGUUCGAUGACGCAGUCGCUAAUGGCAAGCCGGCGCCGCGGGCCUCGCCGCAGCGAAGCACCGGCAUGACACCGCCACUGCAUCCAGCGCCCGCGCCGUCACCGCCACGGUCCAACCCGACAUCCGCCCAGCACCAAGCAACAACCGCAAACAACUUUGCCAAGACCAGCAUCCCGACGCCACCCCGGUCGUCCGACGGCAAUAAGAAGCCACUCAACUUUUUCUCCGAGUGGAACCUCGGGCCGUCGUCGCACCAUGAGAAGCGAUCCGUGGCCGUCAAGUCGCCCAGCGUCACCUUUCCGUCCACCAAGCCGGCUGCACCCGUCGCUCAAAUGUCGCCUGUAAGGCCAGAGAUAUCCUCGCCACCGCCACCGACACCACCAACGACUGAAAAGCGCGGAGAUGAUAUGACUUCAGAGGAUGCUACCAACGCUGCCGCCCUCGACUACAUCAAGGCCCACUCGACGCCCAUCCAAGUGGCAAGUGUGACGCUACCUCCGACCACGUCUGAGGAGAAACCUGAGGAUGGUAGCUCGCUCUCCAUUGGAUCCAGUGUAUCGACGGUGCUCACCGACGGGGAUGAGCGCCCGUCCUCGACGUCGUCGCUAACACCCUCGUCCACCGAGGACUCGGCUGCGAUGGAAGCCCUCCAAGCCGAGCUCUCCAAGACGCAGGCCCUCUUGACGGAGCGCGAGAAUCAACUCUUGUCCGCGUCAGCCAAGAUGACGAAAUUGAUGGACGAGCUCGAUGCCGCCAAGUCGGCAGCCUCCUCGGACGCUGUCGUCGCGCAGCUGCAGGACGCUUUGCACGAAAAAGAGGAGCAGUUGUCGCAGCUGUUGGACGAAGGCCAAGCGCUCUCGGUCAAGCAAGGACAGUACGAAGCCCGGUUGCGGACGCUGCGCAAAGACAACAACGACCUCCUCGAUGAGCAUGCGCAGACCGUCGCCGCGCUCGAGACGACCCAGGCCAAGUGGGAGACGGCGCGAAGCCACCUCGUGCAGGCCGAGGACGAGCGCAAGGUGACGCACGCCAAACUCCAGCAACUCCAAGCCCAAUCGGACGAGCUCCGGGCGACGUUAGCAGCGCUGGAGACCGCCAACGUUCGCGUCCAAGAGCUGGAAGCGCAGCAGGCGCAGUGGGCCGCCGACAAGGUGGCGCUGGAAGCCUCCCAGAGCGCGGUCGCCGACAACGGCAUGCUCGAGUCGACGCUGGUUGAGAUGCAAAAGCGCGUGGCCGCCGUCGAGCGCGACGCUGCGCGCCGGGAAGAGCUCUGGCGCACUGAAAUUGCGUCGUGGAAGAAGCGGUACCAGGAUACGGUGCUGCGCAUGGACUCGCUCGCCGAGGAGACGACGGGCGCGACACAACCGCUCCUUCGACAGCUCUCGCAGCUGCAGCAAGAGCACCAGCAACGCGAGCUCUUCUGGCGCACGUUCCAGCAGUCGGCCGACGUCCAGCUCCAGACGAGUACGCUCAACUGUCGCAACCUCGAAGCGCAACUCGCGUCCGAAGUCGCAACGCGCCGCGGCUUGGAAGAGCACAUUCAAACGUGGCAGAGCCAGAUCCACGCCGUGCAGCAGCAGCUCGAGCAGGCCACGGCACGCAUUACGACGCUCGAAGUCGACGAGGCCGCCCACCUCGAGGAGCUCACCCGGCUCAAGAGCUACAUCACAGCGCUCGAAGCCGAGAAAGCUGCGGCGGCGACGCACUCGAACAACGACACGAACGCGGUCAUUGCGGCGCUGACCACCGACCUCGCUCGCGCCAAGGCUCAAGAAAGCACGUACUUGGCGCAGGUCCGGCAGCUCGAGCAGCAGGUGGCCGACCGAUCGCGGCCAUCGUAUCGCGAACGCAAGUCGUCGGCCGAGCUCCUCGUAUCCGAGCGCGCAAGUGCAACGACGGGCGAUGUCUCGCUGGUCGAGUGGCACCAACUCCAGCAAAAGGUGCGCCUCCGCGAGAGCGAAGCGGCGCUGCUCAAGCAGCAAGUGGACGAGCUCGAGGCGGUCAAAGCGGCGAGCGGCCAAGCGAUUGCGACGCUCCAGCAGCAGAACGCGGCCCUGGAAACGUCAGCCGCGGAGCUCGCAUCCACAAAAGCGGCGCUCGAGACCGUGACGGUGCGCCAGAACGUGCUGUUGGAGCUUCUUGGUGAGAAGGAGGAGCAGCUCGACGAGCUCGAGACCGAGUUCCGCGAGUGCAAGCAGCUCUACCAACGUCAGAUCGACACGCUCACAAGGGACCGCGUCUGAGAUUAUUUAAAACUACAAUAGCGCCCACAACCAGUUUUGAUGUUUCAU